GCAGCCGGAGGAGGAGGGAGGCGCGCGCGCACACGGCAUACACACACACACACACACACACAGAGGCACGCUUUACACACACACAAGCGCGCGCGCACGCUUCUUUCUUUCCCCCCUUCUCCUCCUCCUCCCCCCUCCACAGAAACACGCAGAGGAGGGGGAGGCCGAAGAGGAAGGCACCCCCUCCCUCCCUCCUUCCCUCCCUCCCUUCCCCCUUCCGAUGGAGUACUUCGUGGUCCCCGCGCCCAAGGUGCCUCCUCCUCCUCCGGCGCUGCAGCAGCAACAGCACCAGCCCUUCCGGAAGUCCGAGAAGGAGGUCAUCGGGGGGCUCUGCAGCCUGGCCAACCUGCCCCUGACCCCUGAGACGCAGCGGGACCAGGAGCGGCGCAUCCGGAGAGAGAUCGCCAACAGCAAUGAGCGCCGACGCAUGCAAAGCAUCAACGCGGGCUUCCAGUCCUUGAAGACCCUCAUCCCACACACAGACGGAGAGAAGCUCAGCAAGGCAGCCAUCCUCCAGCAAACCGCCGAGUACAUCUUCUCUCUGGAGCAGGAGAAGACACGGCUGCUGCAGCAGAAUGCACAGCUCAAGAGGUUCAUCCAGGAAUUCAGUGGCUCCUCACCGAAGCGGCGACGAGCGGAGGACAAGGACGAGGGCAUCGGCUCCCCGGACAUCUGGGAGGAUGAGAAGGCCGAGGACCUGCGCCGGGAGAUGAUAGAGCUCCGGCAGCAGCUGGACAAGGAGCGUUCCGUCCGCAUGAUGCUGGAGGAGCAGGUGCGUUCCCUGGAGGCCCACAUGUACCCAGAGAAGCUUAAGGUGAUCGCCCAACAGGUGCAGCUGCAGCAGCAGCAGGAGCAGGUGAGGCUGCUGCACCAGGAGAAGUUUGAGCGGCAUCAUCAGAGCCACGGACAGCUCUUUCCGGGACAGAGCCCCCCGGCACCCACCCACCAUCCCUCUGUGAUUGUGCCCCCACCAUCGCACCAUGUGACAGUGGUCACCAUGGGACCCUCCUCCGUCAUCAACGCGGUUUCCACCUCCCGGCAGAACCUAGACACCAUCGUGCAGGCCAUCCAGCACAUCGAGGGGACGCAGGAGAAGCCUCUUCUGGGGGAGGAGGAGGAAGAGGAAGAGCGGCGCCGGCGGAGGGCCGUAAUCGUGGCCCGGUCCGGCUUGGACCCUUCCCUUUCAGACACGGCCUCUGACUCGGAAGUGGCAGCGGAGGAGGAAGACACCGAGGAGGAGGAAGAGGAAGAGGAGGCAAUGGAGCACAGCAAGGCCCCCGAGAGGAGGCCCUGACCCCACUGGACGCGGGAGGAGGGGGGGGGCGUCACAUUUUUACAAAACACCGUGGCAAUUCAGGUCUCUUUUAUGACCUUUUCAAUACUGUAAAGGGAGGGGGCCUGCAGGAGGAAGGCUCCCCUCAAUUCGGCUCACAGAAAGGCCAGAGGGAGAAGAAAGGGUCGGCUUCUCAGGGCCCCUCCCUGGAGGGCGGUGGGUGGCCUUGGUCCCUCGGGACUCAGCACUGAUCUUCCUCUAUGGGUUUGUGUCCCAUAAACAUGGCCUUUCCCCCUCUGCUCUCUGUCGCUCUCCUCAGGGGUCAAGAUGGCCCUUGGAGGUGGCAUUAAGGGGCCAAUGGGGGGGACCAUGAACUCUGAGAUGGGGGCUUGGCUGUGCCCUGCCAAUCCUAAUCCCCCCCCCCAAUUCUCAGGGGUCACUGCAGGGUCAGGGGCCUUUUCCCCACUUCGAGGGGAGGGGGUACUGCCCUCUCUUUCGUUUCUUCUCCAUGGGUUGGUGGUUUCCUUUUUUUUAGCAUUUCUUAAUUUCUGAUUUAUGAAGCACUUAAUCCGUUCCAUGGAUCUGACCAUUGCUCCCCCCRUCUCGUGAUGUUCACUCUUCACCCUUUUUCAUUUUGGUCGCUCCCCCACCCCACCCACUCCCCUUUUGACUAGUGGUCUAGGCCAGUGUUGACUAUAGGGCCCUCUGUGGGCAUUCGGUAGCCCCACCCCCACCCUCCAAAGCCACGGCUCUUCCUCCUCCAUUCUCUCUCUUCCUUUAUUUUUUUUUAUUUUUUAUCUCUUUUGGGGUUUUUUUUUUUUACAAUUUUUUGGGUCUUCAUGUUCAUUGAGAUGCUAUUAUAUUUUGUUAAAAAAGUGGAAAAAAUGAAGCAUGUGCUUUUUUGUAAAGAAACAAAAUAAAGUUUGUACUUUGUUUUUUA